AUGAAGAUCAAAGCUUCUCAAUAUACCAUACUCCAUUGUACACUCUACAAGAAAGGAUUCUACCUUCCAUACCUAAGGUGCGUCCAAGUAGAAGAAGCAGAAUACGUCCUAAGGGAAAUCCACGAAGGAAUCUGUGGGAACCACUCUAGAGGACGAGCGUUAGCACAUAAGGUCGUUCGACAAGGUUAUUACUGGCCAACCAUCCAGCACGAUACACAAAAGCUCAUCCAGAGAUGCGAUAAGUGUCAGAGGUUUGGGAUUCCUCAGACUAUCGUCUCCGAUAACGGGAAACAAUUCGAUAACAAUCAGUAUCAGGAGAUGUGCAAGAACCUCGAAAUUCGCAACGUCUACUUGUUGCCACGACAUCUGCAGGUGAAUGGGCAAGUUGAGGUAGUUAACAAGAUCAUCAAGCAUCAUCUCUAUACCAAGCUUGAGAACGCUAAAGGAGCAUGGGCUGAAGAACUCCCAAAAGUCCUCUAG